CUCCCCCUCCCUUCUCCCCACCCCCACCCCGGCCCACCCGCCCGCCCCCACAGCGGCCCCUUCAUGGACAGGAACUACCCGAGCGCCGGCUUCGGGGACCCGCUCGGCGCCGGGGCGGGAUGGAGCUACGAGAGGUCAGCGAAAGCUAGCUUGGUAUAUGGCGGCUCCCGGACUUCCCACCCGGAGACAGACAUCUUACACCGCCAGGCUUAUGCAGCCCCUCACCCGCUUCAGGGGUAUGCCACCAAUCAUCACCCUGCAGGGCUCUCUGGCUUGUUUGAUACAGGCCUCCACCAUGCUGGUUCUGCUGGCCCAGAUGCCUCAGUCAUGAAUCUGAUCUCUGCCCUGGAGUCCCGGGCUCCCCAGCCAGGCCCGUCCGCUUCCUCUCUCCUGUCCCAGUUCCGAAGUCCAUCCUGGCAGACAGCCAUGCACACACCCGGCCCCACGGAGCUGUUCAUCUCGGGGGCCCUGCCCGGCUCGGGGACGUUCCCAUCCUCCUCGGCGCUGUCUGCCUACCAGCACCCAGCCUCGUUCGGGGGCCGCCCCUUCCCGGUGCCAUCUUCCCUCAGCCUCCAGGACCCGCCCUUCAGCCCACCAGCCAAUGGGCUCCUGUCGCCUCAUGAUGUCUUGCACCUGAAGCCCUCCCAGGCCCCAACCGUGCCCUCCUCCUUGGGCUUCGAGAGGCUGGCGGGGGGCGGCGUCCUGGGGCCUGCCAGCCUGGGUCCUGCUCAGACGCCUCCCUACCGCACUGGUCCUCCUGAGCCUCCCCCCCCUCCCCGCCAUCUCCCCACUCAGUUUAACCUCCUGACCUCCUCCUCAGAGCAGUCAUCUCCGCAGCUGUACAACUUCUCAGGGGCUGCUCCCCCAGGGCCCCCGCCUGAGCGGGCCUUGCCCCGACAGGACAGCGUCAUCAAGCACUACCAGAGGCCUGCCAGUACCCAGCCCCCACCCCCGCCUCCCCCACCCCCGCCCGCCCACUCUCUCCAGCACUACCUGAGCUGUGGCAGCAGCUACCCACCCCCCGCCAUGGGCCACCGGGCCAGCCUGGCCUGUAGUCCUUUAGGUGGGGAGCCUUCUCCCGGAGCUGGCGAGGCAGCUAAGGGGGGGCAGGGGGCUGGUGCGGGGGGCACAGGGGCUGGGGGCCGGGCGGCAGGCCCAGAAGCUGGGCCAGGGACCGGGGGCCAGGGGGCUGGCACAGCGGGGGGUGGCUACCGCCCCAUCAUUCAGUCACCUGGUUACAAGGCAGCCAAGGGGGGUUAUGGGGCAGGCACGGCGCGGCCCCCCCCAUCCCGCUCCACAGCCACACCGAAGUGCCAGAGCCUGGGGGGCGGGGGAUAUGCUACUGGGACUGGGAAGCCCAGUGGGGCAGGCAGUGGUGGAGGCCAAGCUUACUCCCCAGGCCAGCCCCAGGGCCUGCUGGGGCCCCAGCAGGCCUACAGUCAGGGUUUUGGUGCCAGCCAGGCCCAGGACCUGAGCAAGGGGCCUGCCUAUACAGCAGGGCCUCCGCAGGCCCAGCCUGGUGGGCCCCCCCAGCAGCCUCCGCCCAGCCUGAGCACCUGCCAAAGCUACUCCCCUGACCAGCUCCAAAGCCUUCCGUAUGGAGUGCAGAGUGAGGGCUACCCUGGGCCUGCCCCCCACUCCCAGGGCCUGCCCACAGCCAGCCCCUCACUCAGUUAUAGUACCGGCCAUUCCCCAGCCCUCUCGGGCCAUGGCGGGGCCUGGGGCCACACGCCAGCCUCCUUAGGUGGCGGUGGUGCUGGGGAAGCCAGUCCCUCCCACAUCAUCCGGCCCUUGCAGUCCCCACCGGCCUCUGGAGGAGGGCGGCCCCCAGGGGUGGCCAGCCCUGGGGCCCCAGGAAAGUAUCUGAGUUCAGUGUUGGCCUCUCCGACCUUCCUGGGUCCCCCUGGUGGGGGCGGUGGCUACCCGGGGCCCGGGGGAGCUGGGGGCUAUAAGGGCAAGGGAGAUGGGGAGCUGCUGGGGGGGCCGGGGAGCGGGGGGGCAGGGCAGCGGACCGAGGAUGAGGACUUCCUCAUCCAGCACUUGCUGCAGGCUCCCAGCCCACCCCGGGGCUCAGGUCCAGACGGGCUGGUGGGUGAGUGUGAGGAGCAGAGGGGCAGUGAGGGGCCUGGCAGCGGGAGUGGACCCAAGGCCACAGCAGCGGCCUAUGACCUCGCCAAGGAGGAACAGCAGCGCUACCACCUGCAGAGUGUGAUUCGCACCAGCGCCAGCCUAGAUGACGGGGCCACGCUGGAGCUAGGGCUGGGGCGGCUGAAGGACAAGAAGAAGUCUGCCAGCAGCGAGCGGGGAGGGGGUACCCCAGAAGCCCUGGCCACCUCGGUUGUCCACUAUGGGGCAGGGGCCAAGGACCUGGGGGCCUACCUGCAGAAGACUCCACCUCCACCUGCUCCAGCCCCGCCGCCUCCCUCCCACCACAACCUGCUGUUGGAGGGGGGCCCUGAGCUCCCUCUCGUGCUGCCCCCACCUCCUCCUCCACCCCCACCCCAGCUCCUGCCUUCGGUGCUGAGCCAUGCACCCAGCCCCCCAGCUCCGCCCCCUGCCCCCCCACCCCGCAAGGUGGGUGUGCAUCUCCUGGAGCCCAGCCCGAGGGACACUGGACCCCUCCAACUCGAGGCCCACCUUCGGGGGCCUCCCGGCCUCGAAGCUUCCCCCAGUCCCCGACUGCGUGCAGACGAGGGUCUGGAGGCUCCUGGGGCCAUGCAGGACCUGCUGGGUGCGCUGGAGCCCCUGCCUCCGCCCCCCAGCGAGGCGGGCGGCCCUCAGCCGGGGGAGGCCAAGGACCCGGCCGGAGCCUACCGGAGCCCCAGCCCACAGGGGCCCAAGGCGCCCCGCUUUGUGCCCUUGACGUCUAUCUGCUUCCCUGAUUCGCUGCUGCAGGAUGAGGAACGGAGCUUCUUCCCCACCAUGGAGGAGAUGUUCGGUGGAGGGACCAGUGAUGACUAUACCAAGGCUGGGCCCCCUGAGGACGAGGCCGACCCCAAGGGCGGCAGCGGGGGAGCCGCCCCCCCAGGCCCUGCAGCUUAUGAUCCUUAUGGCCCCUACUGCCCUGGCGGGCCAACGAGUGGGGGCCCCGAGUCCGGCCUGGGGUUGGACCCUGGCAAGCCCCCCGCCGAGCUGCCAUCCACGGUGAACACGGAGCCCUUGGGCCUGAUCCAGGCUGGGCCACCCCCGCCCCCGCCCCCGCCCCCACCAGAGCCCAAGGGCGGCCUCACCUCCCCCAUCUUCUGCUCCUCCAAGCCCAAGAAGCUGCUGAAGACUUCAUCCUUCCACCUGCUGCGGCGGCGGGACCCCCCCUUCCAGGCCCCCAAGAAGCUCUAUGCCCAGGAGUACGAGUUUGAGGCUGAUGAGGACAAGGCCGACGUGCCCGCUGAUAUCCGCCUCAACUCCCGCCGCCUCCCCGACCUGCUGCCGGACCUGGUGUCCAGCUGCCGCUCGCGCCCGGCCCUCUCACCCUUGGGGGACAUUGACUUCUGCCCGCCGGCCCCUGGCCCCACGGGGCCCCGGCGCCGGGGAAGGAAGCCCACGAAAGCCAAACGGGAUGGCCCGCCUCGGCCCCGGGGAAGGCCCCGCAUCCGGCCCUUGGCCGAACCUCCUCCGGGGCCCCCGCUGGGUCCCCGUGCCCCUGGUCCCCAGACUGAUGGAGCCAGGAAGCCACGGGGCCGGGGCCGGGGCCGGGGCCGGAAGGCGGAUGAGCCCGGUGCAGAAGGGCUGGAGCCCCUGAAGCCACUCAAGAUCAAGCUGGCCGUGCCCAAAGUGGGUGAGACCGGUGGCCCUGUGGCGGGGGAGCCGGCUUCUGCCGGCCCUGUGGAAGGUGGCCUGGACUCCAGUCAGACCCGUGAGAAGAUCCAGGCAAAGAUCAAGGAGGUGGAAGAGAAGCAGCCAGAGAUGAAGUCAGGCUUCAUGGCCUCUUUCCUGGACUUCCUCAAAUCCGGCAAGCGGCAGCAGCUGCCCUCAGGCUCUGGGCCGCCCCCAAGCCCUUCCAAGGCUGGCCCUGCCCGGACUCUGGGGCCUUCCCCUGCAGUGGCCCCCCCACCUCCACCCCCACCCCCAGCCCCCGCCUUUGGCCUCGGGGGGGCCCUGGAGGCCGCAGAGAGCGAUGGCCUGGGCCUCGGCUGCCCCUCGCCCUGCAAGCGAUUGGACGAGGAGCUGAAGCGGAACCUGGAGACCCUGCCCUCCUUCUCCUCCGACGAGGAGGACUCGGUGGCCAAGAACCGGGACCUGCAGGAGAGCAUCUCCUCGGCCAUCUCGGCCCUGGACGAUCCGCCCGCCCCCAAAGACUCUGGCCCAGCUGCGGGCCCGGCCGCAGCCUCCAGCCCUGAGGCCCCCAUCCUGGAAGAGAAGCCGCCCCCAUCACCUGCUCCAUCUUCUCCUCCCUCCCCCCCUUCCCCCCCACCCUUGGUACCCCCAGACCCCACCUCUUCCCCACCCCCUCCGCCCCCUGCCAUGCCUCCUGUGCCAAUGGCGAUGAUCCCUCCACCAGAGGUGCCAGCCCCGGCCCCGGUGCCAGCCCCAUCCCCCGAGGAGCCCGAGCCCCCCGAUGCCCGGCCCUUGCACUUAGCCAAGAAGCAGGAGACUGCGGCUGUGUGUGGGGAGACAGACGAUGAGGCGGGGGAGAGUGGAGGCGAGGGCAUCUUCCGAGAGAGGGACGAGUUUGUCAUCCGGGCAGAGGACAUCCCAGCCCUCAAGCUGGCCCUGCAGACGGGCCGGGAGCCGCCCCCCAUCUGGAGGGUUCAGAAGGCCCUCCUCCAGAAGUUCACCCCAGAAAUCAAGGACGGACAGAGGCAGUUCUGCGCUACUAGCAAUUACUUGGGUUAUUUUGGGGAUGCCAAGAACCGAUACCAGCGUCUGUAUGUGAAGUUUCUGGAGAACGUGAACAAGAAGGAUUACGUGAGAGUCUGUGCCCGGAAGCCGUGGCAUCGGCCCCCAGGGCCUGUCAGGCGUCCGGGACAACCAAAGGCUGCUCCAGCGCCCUCUGGGACAGCAGCCCCUGGGGCUGGGGGGUCCCUUCCCAAGCCCCUAGCUCCCCCUUCAAAGCCAGAGCCCCCCGAGAAAGCCCCUGAGAAGCCCCCUGAGAAGCCUCCCGAGAAGGCCCCCGAGAAGCCCCCCGAGAAGGCCCCCGAGAAGACCCCCGAGAAGCCCCCCGAGAAGGCCCCCGAGAAGACCCCGGAGAAAUCCCCAGAGCCAACCUCAGAGAAACCAUCUCCUGCAGCUGGCCCUCCCGACAAGGAGCGGGCCACUCGAGGGGAGCGAGGCCCCCGCCCUGCCCCACCUGCAGCCGAGGCAGCCCCAGCCAGGCCUCCACGCCCGCCAAAGGCCCGUCCAGCCAAGGUGAAGGCCGAGCCUCCCCCGAAAAAGAGGAAGAAGUGGUUGAAGGAGGCGACCGAACGUUCGGCAGCGACCAGAGGCAGCUCCUCCGAGUCAGAGUCUUCCCCCGGGCCCCCCAGUGAGGAUGAGCGGGCGGCCCCUGGGCGGCUGUUGAAGACCCGGGCCAUGAGAGAGAUGUACCGCAGCUACGUGGAGAUGCUGGUGAGCACAGCCCUGGACCCCGACAUGAUCCAGGCCCUGGAGGACACACAUGAUGAGCUGUACCUGCCCCCAAUGAGAAAGAUUGAUGGAAUCCUCAAUGAGCACAAGAAAAAAGUUCUCAAGCGCCUUUCCCUGAGCCCAGCCCUGCAGGAUGCCCUGCACACCUUCCCCCAGCUGCAGGUGGAACGUGGCAGUACUGGGACUGGGGGAGCAGAGGGGGCCCCUGGGACGGGCUCUGGUGCUGUGCGGCUUCGGCCUGCGGGGGACCCAUAUAACCGGAAGACCCUGAGCAAGCUGAAGAGGAGCGUGGCCCGAGCGCAGGAGUUCAAGGUGGAGCUGGACAAGUCAAGCUUUUACACGCUCUAUCAUGCUCUCCACCACUACAAGUACCACACCUUCCUCCGCUGCAGGGACCAGACGCUGGCCAUCGAGGGAGGUGCCGAUGACCUGGGGCAGGAAGAGGUGGUUCAGCAGUGUAUGAGAAAUCAGCCCUGGCUGGAGCAGCUGUUUGACUCCUUCAGUGAUCUCUUGGCCCAGGCCCAGGCUCAGGCCCAAGGCCGCUGUGUGUGACCCUGGGGGCCCGUGACUGUCUUGAGUCAGGGUCACUGACUUGCCCUGCUGGGUUGUAGCCCCUCCCCACCCCCGCCCCCUUUCACUGUACAGAGAAAUUAUUUAUAUAUAUAUGUAUAAAUGUCUAUUUAGUACCCUCCCUCCUUUGCCCUCCCCUCCUCUGCCCUCCCCCCAUGUACAUAAUGUAUAGGAAAAGUCUAUGUAUGGGGGGGGGGUCCAGGGAGUGCUCCCACUUCCAACCAAGACCUUUUCUUCGAGGCUGUGGCGGGUGGGGCAGGGGAUCUCAGCUCGUUAAUUAUUUUUAAUCUUAUUUAUUGUACAUACCUUUGGGGAGGGACUUAGCAGAGGGGGCAGAGAAGGGGGCUCCGCUCUGGUCCCCCCUCCUUUUCUACGUCCAGCGCUUUGUGUCUGGUCCCUGGCCCAACCCCGGCCCACCUCGCUCCAGUUUCUGAGUGUCGUCUGAAUGUGGUUCUAUUUUUUAUCCGUCUGUCCCCCGCUUCCAACCCCUCCCUCUACCCUGUCGUCUCUCGCUCUGUCUUUCUCUCGGGCUUCUAUACAAUUCACCUUGUAUACACUGUGUACACAGAAGCAGCCAGGCUCCCAAACAGCAACCACUUUAUUUGCA